AUGAGAGAUGAUAAUAAAAACUUCUCUGUUCAAGGUAUCACAUUAUUGUACACCCUGCUCGCUUGCACGGCGGCAGCACUCGCGUUUCUGAACGAAUGUCCGCCAGAACAGGAGUCCAACUGGCAAAUUGAGCAGCUCCUACGCCACGAGGAUUGCAACAAGUUCUACAAGUGCACGUUCGGUCAACCAGUUGAAUACAAAUGCUACGGUGAUCUCUACUUCAACUUGGAAACUUGGCAGUGCGAUUGGCCCCAGAAUGUCGAUUGCGAGGGCAGAAAUAUCCCGGACCCGACGACCACCGCCGCGCCGAGCACAUUAGAGCCAACAACGGUGAAACCGACAACGCCACAACCGACCACACCGGAACCCACGACACCGGAGCCAACUACUCCAAAGCCGACAACACCAGAACCAACAACCCCUGAGCCUACAACGCCAGAACCUACUACCCCUAAACCUACAACACCAGAACCCACUACCCCCGAGCCUACAACUCCCAAACCGACUACUCCAGAACCCACGACCCCUGAACCAACAACACCAGAACCAACAACCCCUGAACCUACAACACCAGAACCUACUACCCCUGAGCCUACAACUCCCAAACCAACUACUCCAGAACCCACUACCCCUGAGCCAACAACCCCUAAACCAACUACUCCCAAACCAACAACCCCAGAACCUACCACCCCAGAACCAACUACUCCAAAACCGACCACCCCAGAACCGACUAUCCCAGAAAUGGAAUUUUUACCAAACGGAUGUCCUGUAGAUCCCCACAUCCAUUGGCUACUUCCUCACGAGACAGACUGUGAGCUGUUCUACUACUGCGUCUGGGGCGAGCUAGUUCUCAGGGAAUGUGCGCCAGGAGGUCUCCACUUCAACAGAGUACUACAGGUAUGCGACUGGCCCCAAAAUGCCGGUUGCACGACCGCCCUCAACAAGCACUUGGACGCGAGACGCACUUUUCUCUCUCUAAUAUAA